GUCCGCGCGCCUGUCGCGGAGCCCGCCGCGCGCCCGCAGCCCGGGUCCCAGCGCCCAUGGCGCACUCGCCGGCCGCCGUGCCGCCGGGCGCGCCGGAGCAGGGCUGCCCCAUCCGCGUGGAGCACGACCGUAGGCGCCGCCAGUUCACCGUCCGGCUCAACGGGUGUCACGACCGGGCCGUCCUGCUCUACGAGUACGUGGGCAAGCGGAUUGUGGACCUGCAGCACACGGAGGUCCCCGACGCCUACCGCGGGCGUGGCAUCGCCAAGCACCUGGCCAAGGCCGCUCUGGACUUCGUAGUGGAGGAGGACCUGAGGGCCCAUGUCACGUGCUGGUACAUCCAGAAGUUCGUCAAGGAAAACCCCCUGCCGCAGUACCUGGAGCGCCUGCAGCCGUAGCCCCGGCCCCGCGGGGCCCGAGCCCGCCCACCGGACCCUCCCUCCGGGCCUCGCCCCGGCCUCCGCGUGCUCUCAGGAACCCUGGUCCCCACGGGGACAGACUCAGAGUUAUUUUUGUAAGGACGCUUCUCUGUGGCCGUGGUCCAGCUGCCGUGGCGAACGGGGCCCGGCUAUUCCUGCUCUGCAGACACCGUGAGGGCCUGCAGUCAGGACCGGAACGCGGACAGGGGCGUCCCUCUGGCCUUUCUGGGUCCCACCUGCUGCUCCCCGCUCCGUGAUGGGCAGGGGGGGCUGAUCUGGGGCCCUGCCAACAUGCCCAGGCCGGGUCCUCUCCGCAGAUGAGGAGCCACGAGGAACCUUGUGUGCCAACUGCUGGGGGCGUCGGGCCAAGCGCGCGCGCACACGUCUCCUUACUCCUUGCAACGCCCUUCAGCUCUGCAAGAGGCAGGCCCCCCCCCCCGUGGCUGCCCUCCCCCUUCCAGCCCAAGUAUCUUGGGGAUCCCCGCCCCUCGCUGUGGCUGAGCUUUCUCAGAGAGGGCCCUUCCGAGCUGGGGUGGGAGGGAGAAAACCGUCCUCCAUGAACCAUCCGCACCACCCAAGAGGAAGAAGCAGUUCUGCAGAGGGAUUUCCUGUGCAGCCGCCAGACAUCAGAGCGUCCUUGCCUUCCUGCGAGCUCGUGGCCCGUCAGGAGUCCUGGGGCCCCUCCCGGACCGGCCUUCCUGGGAAUGGCUUGGGGAGCAAGCACCCCAGCACCCUCUGUCCUGUGGGGCCAGCCGUUCCGGGGUCUUCCUCUUGGGGGCUGGUUAGGACUCAGGGUACCAUCCUCUUCUGCCGUGCUCCCCACGCGGGCUGAAUCCAUGCCUGCUCUUCUGUGGGGCUGGAGGGGAGCCCAGGAGGCCGGUCCGGUCCCUCGGGCUGAGGCGUGAGUGACGUGGCUUCAGCCCUCUGGCUAGGGCGGGCUGCUUGCCCCGUUGACGCCUCUCUGCCUGACGCUUGGCAGGCAUUGGCCUGUGUCCUCUUCUCACUCGUCCGCUCCCAGUCUUGCACCAAACCCCCCUCCUCCACUGCAGUGGCCUGGGGCCCCCAAACACCUGUGCACAAAUGCCUUCUCACCUGGUGGCGGGAACCUCUCCAUCUGCGUGCCUGAAGGCCUGGCAGCCCCAGAGUCCCCGUCCUCAGCACCCCCCACCCUUCCCAGGUCCCAACCCCCAGCCCGCAGCCCCCAGCCCCCCUCUGGCCUCCAGGAAUUCCUGAGACGGCCGAGGGCACCCACCGCACUCCCAGCUCUGUUUGCAAAGGGCUUUGGGGGGAAUCAGGGAGGCCCCUGGGCCUCUACUGUGCUGGCAGGAGGUGGGCUCGGCUGCUGGGUCCCCUCCGAGCCCGGGGGUGUCCCCUUCCUGGUGCAGCAUAAGGAAAGAGUGGGUUGUAGGCCUGAGAGUGGACUGAUGGGCAGGCCAGGCUCUGAGCCAUUUCCCUCUCCAGCACCACCCCCUCCCCGUCCACACAUCCCUCCCAAGUUGAAGCACAGACUCCGUCAGGAGGACUUCUCUCCAGUAGCUCAGCGGCCUGGUGCUGACCCCUCUGCAGCCUUUGGGGCAAGGUGGCCCCGUUCCAGGAGGCGCUGUCCGUGGGAGGGUGUCCUGCAGCAGUGGCGCAGGGGACCCCAGGGCACGCAGCUUGUGGAGGAGCGGAGGGCUGGGUGGCACCAGGGCCCGCCAACCCCCGUCCCAGCCUGCACCUGUGUUCUAACAGCAGGCGACUCGGUGCCCAGCCGGCACGCAGACAAAACACUUAGUACUUGAACCAGGGGGCGUGCGGGGUCUCCAGGGCCCCUGCAGCGCUGGACCCAGGGACAGCUCGUCCCCAGUUUCUGCAGGUGCGACCGGCCUCCUUGCCUCGGGCUGCCUUAAAGUGCCGCUGCUCCGCUAGAGCCCUCGGCGGCAGCGACGGCCAACUCUCCCAGGUCGGGCCGGGCUCACUGCAGACCCCCGCCCCGGAGUCCCAGCCCCGCUGCCAGCACGCCCAACCCCAUCCCGCUGUGGCUGGCCGCCCCCGCGGUGCUACCCUGACGGACUGGCCUCCCAGCCUCGGCCCCCAGCCCCACCCGUCCCGGGACACCUGGGGAACUCUUGCUCAGGAGGCAGGUCACGUGGGCCAGUUUGUGUGCCACUGGCAGGGCAGGGGGACACUCAGAGACCCACCCCGGCCCCCCAGGCAGAUCGCCCCCGAGGCCCCGUGCCCUCCUGCCACAGCUGACUUUGGGGGUCUCUCUUUCUCGCCCGGUCAAGACAGGUGGUCACUCACGUGCCUUUCCCACUCAGGACCUGCUGCAGGUGGCGUCUGGGCCAGGGCUGGUCUCCAGACGGAUUGCAUGACGUACAUUUCAAUAAAAGGUGUGACCCAGUGCAGCUCCAGGACUGAUUCUGGAAGGGCAGGGGCACACGCCCCCGCCCCCGCCUCUGCUCCACCCCCAUGACAGACGGGCUCCACCCAGGUUGGGGGGGAGCCCGCAGGUGUGAGGGAGGCGUGAGAGGGCAGACCUGGCAGGUGCUCUGCGUUCCCGCAUCCUAACUGGCGGCAGGGGAAGCAAGGCUCUGAGAGGCGCGGGUGGCGUCAGGAUCUGGGGGCUUUGGCAGCCCGGCCCGUGCCUCCUCCCAGGAAGCCUUCCCUUGGAGCUCCUGGCCCAGGAGGGCACAGGCCAGGGGCAAGCGUCACUCAGAACACAGACGAUGGAGAGCCUCCGGCAUGGUGUCUGGAGCCUGAGGACUCCUGGAUGGGGCGUGUUCCUCUAGGACCACCUGGCGGGGGGUGGGGCGGGUGUCACAUCGCUGCCCCGACGGAGAGGAAGGGGCUCUGCGGUCACCAGGUCGCCAGCCCUCCAUCGUGGCCAGCUCGGCUCCCACAGCAGCUCCGUGAGACACCAGAUCCUGGCCUGACUCUUCCUGAGAGACACCAUAGCAUAGCGAAAUCUCGGCAACCAGACAGCUUGGGCUCAAAUCCUGGCGCAUGACUUUA